UAUCGUCCCCACCUCAUUCUGGUGGCUGCUGGAUUCAACUCUGUCCUCGGAGACCCACAGGGGAAGAUGAUGGCCACGCCAGCCUGCUUUGCCCACCUGACCCACAUGCUGAUGCCACUGGCCGAGGGAAGGGUGCUACUUUCUCUGGAGGGCGGUUUCAACCUGCGAGCUACGGCGGAUGCCACUGCUGCCUGCCUGAAGGUGCUGCUCGGAGACCCGUGCCCGCAGCUGAUCUCCACGGCUUCCCCCUGCCAGAGUGCCUUGGAGUCGAUCUCUGCCGUCAUCUCCGUCCAACGCAAAUUUUGGAAGUGCCUUCAGAACCGUGAGCUGACCUCCUGGCGAGAUACGCUGGCGUUUGCCGACGUGGUGGAGCUGCCCAGCAACGUGGAUGAGACGCUGGACCUCAUCAUGACCGAGGCGAUGAGGCCUCUGGCCACGCAUCGAACCGGGCUGCUGUACGACGAGCGAAUGAAGGAGCAUUACAACAUGUGGGACUUUCAACACCCAGAGCAGCCCCAGCGAAUUUCUCAGAUCUUCACUCGUCACAAGGAACUGCACCUUUUGGAGAGGUGCUUUCCCCUUCCCGCCCAGCCAGCCGUGGAGAGUCAGCUGGAAAUGUGUCAUGGGCCGACCUACAUCGAGAUGCUUAAGUCCACGGCGGAGAUGAGUUCCCGGGAGCUGCACAGGCAGUCGUGUGAGUACAACUCCAUCUUUAUCUCGCCCCAGACCUACGAGAGCGCCCUGCUGGCGGUGGGCUCCACCUUCACCGUGGUGGAGGCCGUGCUGACUGGACAGAUCCAGAACGGAGUGGCGAUCAUCCGUCCCCCAGGCCACCACGCGGAGAAGGACGGAGCUUGUGGAUUCUGUUUCUUCAACAACGUGGCCCUGGCUGCGUGUUUCGCACAGAACCUGGUUGGACACAAAAUAAAGGUGCUGAUCCUCGACUGGGACAUCCACCAUGGAAACGGGACACAGCACAUGUUCGAAGAUGAUCCGAGCGUCCUGUACAUCUCGCUUCACCGCUACGACAACGGCUCCUUCUUCCCCAACUCGGAGGACGCCAACUACACCAAGGUUGGGGUUGACGCCGGGGAGGGCUUCAACGUCAACAUCCCGUGGAACGGCAGCAACAUGGGCGAUGUGGAGUACAUGACCGCCUUUCACCGCCUGGUCAUGCCGAUCUCCUACCAGUUCCAGCCUGACCUGGUGCUGGUCUCGGCUGGAUUUGACGCAGCUCGUGGUGACCCUCUGGGUGGCUGUCAAGUGACUCCUGAAUGCUACGCCCACCUGACACACAUGCUGAUGGGCCUGGCAGGGGGCCGAGUGGUCCUGGCUCUGGAGGGUGGUUACAACCUGACAGCAAUCUCUGAGUCUAUGGCCAUGUGCACUCGAACGUUACUGGGCGACACUCCCCCCUACCUGCAGCGGUUCGACAAUCUCGCUGUGAGUGCGGCUGACAGCAUCAGCAACGUGAUCUCAGUGCACCACAAAUACUGGUCCUGCCUUCGACUGCUGGCUCCUGAGCUGGAACUUCAGAAUCAGUCCAAGGGAAGAAUGUGGGCGCAGCAGCCAUCCCCCACCCAGGCUGCCGCACCAGAGGCUCGCAUUCAGCCUUCAUCCAGUCGAAGGACGUCAAUGUGGCUACAGCAGCAGGUACCCUUGGUUAACAUCGUGGAGGCUGACCCACAGGUCUCACCGAGCCGGAGGACAUCGACUUGGUCUCAGCCCGUAACUUUCCAGGAUGACGAUUCUGACUUGGACACCACGAGCCGGGGAGCGCCCCUCUGGCCGCGGAAGCUCCCGCCCGCCCAGAAUCCCAAGCUGGACCCGAGCGGCCUGCCCCUCCCGACCGUAACGAAGUCGCUGUGGCCUCAGGAGCCGGCCCCCUCGCCCAUGGCCAUCUUGCCGGUGGACCCCGCGACUCAGCCGGCCAGCCACACACUGCGGCUGCCCUCUCCUCAAUCCCUGGCCGCUAGCUGGACGGUGGGCUUGAGCCCCAGGACAGGAGCCAUGCACAAGUGGGAAGACAGCCCGGAGUUCCUGGCGGAGGAAGACUUCGAGAACAUGCGGCCCCAGGCUCCAGAUCGCAGGAGGGAUAAGCUGCGUGUGGACAUGCCCAGGAGCAGCAGUGUCGAUGCCAGCAGCGCGGCCUCGAGCACCACCAAGAUCAAACUGAGCAGCGACGAAGAUAUCUCGCUCCUGCCCAGCAACCGGGCCGGCACCAGCAGGCCGUGCACAGAACCUGACACAGAGGUGCUCGAAACCUCAACGGUUUCGGUACCACCUUCAUCUUCUUGUCGCCGAGACUGUGACUCAUCUCCGGUCGCCUUGCCCGCGUUACCUCCGGCCUCGACCAUUCCGCCUAGCCUUCCCGCCUUUGGCAAACUUCAGCUGGCCCCAAAAGCUCUGAGUCCCGAGAGGACAGAAUGGUACCUGAAAGGCUUUAAUCGGAUGGUAGCUCCGCAAAUUCCGGCCUCUUACCUAUCGCCGCCAUCACCCCAGCCCCAUCGCCGGCACCGUGCCUCAAGCUGCCUGAGGCCCUAA